GCGCGCGACGCGGUUUAUGGCGCCAAGGCGACCUACCAGACCGUGGCACGGUUUUACAACGUGAGUUACAUCACGUGUCCCAGCCCCGAACUGUCCCUACCCCCCACAAACGAGCCCUCGGAAACUCGGGUGGAGUUGUUUGUCAUGACGGGAG